AUGUCGAGAGUUGAGAUAUAUUCCCCAGAAGGCUUGCGUUUAGACGGUAGAAGAUGGAAUGAAUUGCGUCGAUUCGAGAGUGCCAUCAAUACGCACCCACAUGCCGCAGACGGUUCUUCAUAUUUGGAACAAGGUAAUAACAAAGUUAUAACGCUAGUGAAGGGUCCCAAGGAGCCCACAUUAAAAUCUCAAAUGGAUAUCCAAAAGGCGAUAUUGAAAGUCACAGUGAAUAUAACCAAGUUUUCAAAGUUUGAAAGAAGUAAAAGUAGUCAUAAAAAUGAAAGAAGAGUUCUCGAGAUGCAAACAGCUCUGGUGCGAACAUUUGAGAAAAAUGUCAUGCUACAUGUGUAUCCAAGAACUCUUAUAGAUAUCGAAAUACACGUAUUACAACAGGACGGAGGAAUAAUGGGUACACUUUUGAACGGUAUAUCAUUGGCUUUAAUUGAUGCUGGUAUAGCAAUGUAUGACUAUGUAAGCGGCAUUUCUGUGGGUUUGUACGACACCACGCCAUUAUUGGAUAUCAAUUCCCUGGAAGAAAAUGCGAUGAGUGCAGUCACACUGGGUGUGGUUGGUAAAUCUGAGAAACUUUCCUUGCUACAAAUAGAAGAUAAAAUACCGCUGGAUAGAAUUGAAAACGUUUUAGCUAUUGGUAUAGCUGGUGCACAUAGAAUCAGAGAUCUUAUGGAGCAGGAAAUCCGGGCUCAUGCAGAAAAAAGAGUGGCUAAUGCAUCUAAACAAUAG